AUUUAUGAUGAUUUUUGAAUGAAUUAUAUUUAUUUGAUUUGAAUUCCCAUGCUCCCUUUAGAAACCCACAUAUGUACAUAUUAAGAAACUUUGAACCAGAUCGCUUUUGACAGCUGAUUUCGCCAGAAAAACCAGUUUGUCAUAGUUUCAAAGGGAAUGCUGGUAAUGCGUUCAUUGACUCUCCCUAUAAUGUAUUCAAAUGAAAUCACUGGUUAGAUGUCGUCCAAAAUGAUGAUGAUGCUGAUGUGAUGGCUGCCGUCCAAUAUUUAUUUAAUUGCAAUUCGUCUCCAAAUGUGGCGGGACUGAUGUACCGUUCGUUUCUUAUUCGCCCUGAUAUUAAUUCUAGCCAAAAGUAUAAAUAAAACCAGAACUAGGUAGACGCAUUUUAGUCCGUUGUUGUCCAGGUCUAAGAACAUGCUGCAGCUGUCACUGGCCCUGCUGCUCUUUCUGGCUCUAUUUGCCAGCUUAGAAACAGCACCAUCCUCAUCAUCUGGAGCUAAGCAGGAGAAAUAUGUGCGGGUAUACGAAAUCAAUGAGGAGCAGUACCAGCGGGUUUUGCAGGUGACCAAGGGCAAGAAUGUCAUAUCAGAAGCUCGGUUGAUCAACGGUGGCUUCGCCACCGUAAGUGAUACCUUGAGUUCCGGAUGGAACUCUCUUCUACGCAUCGUGGGCCUCACCACGCUCAGCAAGGCCGAUGAGACGGAGAAGGUGGACUUCGAUGGUCAGCCCUUGUGUGUGAUCAAGUCUCGAGAGGGCGAGGGCAGGGAGGAGGAUGUGCCCUCCGCACGAAGCUCGGCUAGAGACAUCGAAGCCGAAGAAGAAGAUUCCGCCAUCCACUGCAUAGUCGUGCUCAAGAAGGAUGUCGAAUUUGAGCUCCCAACCCUGGAUCCUCAUCCAAAUUAUGCCCAAUAUUGGAACAAGCCUGAGACGUCUAACACUGUGGCGGAAACCCCUGUCCUCACUCAGUCUUCAGAGGUUCUUAAGGAGGAAGAGGCAGUGGAGACGGAGACCAGGAUACAAGCUCCUUUGAAAAAGAAAAAGGUUAACAAAAGUAUUUAUCCAAGGACAGGCGCUUUGGGGGACGACUCUGAUGGUUCCCGGCAAUAUGGCUAUCCUCCACUGCCGCCCCAAUAUGGAACGCCCUAUCCACCACCUCCCUCCUAUGGUGGCUAUCCGUACAGUCCCUAUCCCAACCCUCCGCCUUAUCCAAACCCUCAGCCAUAUGGACCCCAACUGCCGUAUGGACCAUCGCCAUAUGGACAACCUCCUUAUGGAUUGUACCCCCAACAGCCCUAUGGUCCACAGCCCCCCAUUCCACCUUACAGUCCGCAGCCCUAUGGACCCUAUGGAUAUCCCUACUUGGAUCAGAACCAGUUGGCUCAAGUAAAUGCCCAAAAGGAAGUGGAGAAACUCGAGGCUGACGAUGACGAAGAAGAAGAUGAAAACUCCUACGAGACUGAAGAUGAAAAUGACUAUCGCUACAAGAACCGUUUAUACUCCUACAAUCCUGUGUACCUCCAACAAUCUUAUAAUAACUAAUAAA